AAUGAAGAAUCAUUUCACUAAAUUAUUGGGUCCAAGAGGAUUGAUAAUUUGUCCAACUCUUCCCAUUCCUGCUGUGAAACACAGAACAACACUUUUAAAUGGAUUUGAUCCAAGCUAUACCAUGUUUAGUAAUGUAAUUUCAUUCCCUUCAACUCACUGUCCAACUGGUUUGACCAAAGAAGGCCUUCCGGUUGGAUUUCAAAUAAUUGUCCCUCCUUUCAAUGACAAUUUGGCAAUUACAAUGGCAUGUGAAGUUGAAAAAUUAUUUGGUGGCUGGAUUUCACCGUCUGCGGUCAAUUGCUGAUUAAUUAUGUACAGAAUAGCUUAAUUACAUUCAAUGUAAAUCAACAUCAAUCUCUUUCAGUGAUGACUCCUUAAUAAUAAGGUUAUACCUUUUUGGCCAUCAUUUUGACCAUUGAAGCAACUCAAUUAAAAUAACUCAUUGUGUGGUCACAUUUCUUUGUUACCGAUUAAAUUUAAAUAAUAAAUUGCUAUUUUUUCAUUUCCUAUUUCAACAAUGGAAAUAAAUUUCAAAAAUUGGAUCCAA